CGAGGCGAUAAGGUAAAGACCCCAGACAGGCCGGCCCGUAUCGACGUAGAGUCAUUCGCCGGAGCCAAUCGAAGCUUCCGGCGGGUCGCAGAUCCGCUCGGUUCCAGCUGCCCCGUGCCUCGUUCCUGCGCCUGCCGCCUGCCCUCUUGAAUGUUGUGCCUGUGACCGACUCGGACGGGAAGCUCCAGCUGAGGUGUCUUUAACGGCCAACCUCUACGAUUCCCACUCCACCUCUUUGAACCCUGUGUAUCUGACCUUGAUAUCCCUACUCUCCAUAACAUCAACCAGACAUCCCCACGGCAUCGUUCAACCUCAUCCACUUCAAUCUCCAGCCAGCGCGCAUCGCAUCAAGGGUCAAUGAACCGCUUUCUCGUCAACAACUCAAACACCGCCGUCCAAGCAACACAUCCCCUCGACGCUUCGCCCGCCAUGACUAAACACACCCCCGACUCCCUUCGCUCCCGCGUCUCUUCUCUCUCCCUUCGUCUUCAAGCAAUGGAGCACGCCGAAGCUCUUUCGCGCUCUCAAUCCCCCGCGCCGCCCUCCUCCAUGUCCGCCUCCUCCACCACCACCGCCGCUGCCGCCGGCCCGGCCUCGACGCGCUUCCUCCUCGCCGACAUGAACGGUCGCCCAGCCUCCCAGAACCCCGUCUGCGAGUCCUGCUGGAACACCCUCCGCUACAGUGAGGUCCGCCAGACCGUUCGCGCCGCCACCCCGGCCGCCUGCAAGCUCUGCGCCGUCGCGGCCGGUAAACCAGAGGCCUACACCCAGCCCUUCGUCGAUUUCCUCUCCGAGAACCCCACAAUCUUCCAUGCCGUCACCUACUUCAAGGACAAGCUCGCCGCCGCGGGCUACACCGAGCUCCCUGCGCGCGAAAGCUGGGCUUCCAAGCUCCAGCCGGGAGGCAAAUACUGGACCACCCGCAACGGUUCCGCCCUUAUCGCCUUCUCCGUCGGGGAGUCCUACAAGCCCGGCAACGGUGUCGCCAUGGUCGCCGGCCACAUUGACGCACUUACCGCCAAGCUUAAGCCCGUCAGCUCCAAGCCCACCCGCGCCGGAUACCACCAGCUCGGCGUCGCCCCCUAUGCCGGCGCCCUCAACCAGACCUGGUGGGACCGCGACCUCUCCAUCGGCGGCCGCGUUAUCGUCCGCGACCCGGAGACCAAUAAGACGUCCACCAAGCUUGUCCGCCUCGACUGGCCCAUUGCCCGCAUCCCCACCCUCGCACCCCACUUCGGCGUCGGCAUGAUGGGCCAAAACAACCCAGAGACUCAGGCCGUGCCCAUCAUCGGCCUCGACUCCUCCGACCCGGACGCCGUCUCGGCCACCCCCGUCGAACCCCUCGGCCCCAAGGGCGCCUUCGUCAACACCCAGCCCCCCAAGCUGGUCAAGCUCGUCUCCAAGGAGCUCGGUCUGGCCUCACCCACCGAGAUCGUAAACUGGGAACUUGAGCUCUACGACUCCCAGCCCGCGCAGACGGGUGGCCUCGACCGCGAAUUCAUCUUUGGCGGACGUAUUGAUGACAAGCUCUGCUCCUGGGCCGCACUCACCGCCCUCCUCGCCGCGGAUUCGGACCCCAAGGACGGCACAAUCAAGCUCGUGGCCCUCUUUGACGACGAGGAAAUCGGAUCCCUCCUCCGCCAGGGUGCGCGAGGCAACUUCCUCCCCCUUACAAUCGAGCGCGCCGUCGAGGCUCUGAGCGGUCACGCCGACGUCGCUUUCGGCACAGACGUCCUCUGCCAGACCUUCGCAUCCUCUUUCCUCUUGUCUGCGGACGUGACCCACGCCGGAAACCCAAACUUCCUGGGCCUGUACCUGGACGAACACAUCCCCAAGCUCAACGUCGGUAUUGCCAUUUGCGGCGACAGCAACGGCCACAUGACUACCGACGCCGUCUCCACCGCCAUCCUCCAGCGCGUCGGCGAGCUGAGCGGCUGUGCUACGCAGACGUUCCAGAUCCGGAACGAUACACGCAGCGGCGGUACCGUGGGACCCAUGCUCAGCGCCGCCAUGGGUGUUCGGGCUGCGGAUGCGGGACUGCCGCAGUUGAGUAUGCACUCCAUCCGCGCCACGACGGGUGCGCUUGACCCUGGUUUGGGCGUCAAGUUCUUCAAGGGGUUCUUGGAUCAUUUUGAGAAGGUUGAUGCGGAGUGGCAGUAGCUGUUCGUGGUCAUGUCGAGAUGUCAGAGGUGAACGUAUAUAAGUACUCUAGAUAUUUAGUAGGCGAGGAGUGUAAGUGAGGUGGUUCAAGCGUGGCGUACUGCGUGGGUGUCAACGAGGGGAGCACGAAGUAACGAUUGCUUGUAGAUUUACAUGUACCAGCAC